AUGGUUGAACGCUUUCUUCUUGAAGAGUACAAUCCACGGACGCUCUCCACCUUUGCCCUGACACUCUUCCGAUAUCACCACACGGCCGAGGAUGGCAGAAGAUGGACCAUAGACUUCUGGGACACGGCCGGACAGGAGCAGUUUUUGAAGCUACAUGCUUCGUACUAUUUUCAGGCCAAUGCGUGUAUCCUGGCCUUCGACGUGACGCGGAAAAUCACAUACAAAAAUCUGGAGACGUGGUACAAAGAAAUCCGGCACUAUUGUCCUGAUAUACCAGUUGUUUGCGUGGCAAACAAGAUUGAUGUAGAGCCAUCAAUGGCUAAGAAGAAAUUCAACUUCCCACUCACUCAUCAGCUACCAUUCUUUUUUGUGUCAUGCGCUGAUGGGACAAAUGUGGUGAGGGUCUUCAAGGAAGCAAUUUCCUUGGCAAUCAAGAACAAGGAGCAUCCUCCAGAUGAAGUGCUUGCCGAGAUCUACGCGUUGCUGGCAGAGGAUGACCGCCACCCCACCAAGGCGGAGACGGAAGCCACGGAGGAGACGACCUACGACGAGGGCCCAGCGGAGGACGCAUCUCCGCCGCCCCCGGCCACCUGGCCAGUGACACCUGAUCUAAGCUGUGGUAAUUGA